GUGUGUGCGUGGUGGCGGUCUAUGCGUGUGUGUGUGUGUGUGUGUGUGUGGUGGGGGGUUAUAGAGGUAGGAGGGUCAAUGGGGUUCUGCAUAUUGUGCAAGAAGAGAGCAGGAAGCUGGGAGAACGCAUACUUUCUCCUGGAGGAUUACGCACACACACACACACACACACACACACACACACACACGCACACACGGAGAGAACGUGCACGGACGUCCAGCAUGCAAUUAACUCAUUUCAUCUGAUAUUUUCUGGGCCGGAGCUGCUUCUGCAGGAGGCCGUGGAAACCUCCCACCAUGGCAGAAGGAGGCGGCGCGCACAGCGAGGAGCAGCCGGCGGCGGCGGCGGCUCUGUCCCGGGGCAGCGGGGUCUGCAAGUGGUUCAACCUGCGGAUGGGCUUCGGCUUCCUGUCCAUGAGCAGCAGAGACGGAGCUCCGCUGCAGCAGCCGCAAGACGUGUUCGUCCACCAGAGUAAACUGCACAUGGAGGGCUUCCGCAGCCUCAGAGAAGGCGAGGCUGUGGAGUUCACCUUUAAGAAAUCAUUUAAAGGGCUGGAGUCUGUCCGGGUUACCGGGCCCAAUGGAGCACCAUGUCUGGGCAGUGAGAGAAAACCAAAGAGUGCCCAGAAACGACGCUCCAAAGGUGACAGAUGCUACAACUGUGGAGGACCCGGCCAUCAUGCCAAAGAGUGUCAGCUGCCCCCUCAGCCCAAAAAGUGCCAUUUUUGUCAGAGUGUUUCCCACAUGGUGGCCAACUGUCCGGUCAAAGCGCAGCAGCAGCUUUCGUCUCCAGGCUCUCAGAGGACAGCUACCUCAUGGAGGGACGCGGGACAGGAGCAAAGCCAGGCCCUCCUCUCUGAAAACUCGGAGUGAAUGAUUGAGGUUUCACUGGAAUACUGCUUAUAGAAAGAGCUACCUCAGGUUUUAUUUGAGUGGCAAAAUUGGAGUCAUCACUGUGGUACUGAUGUGUUGUUCAAUACAGCGCUGACCGAUGUCCACUCUGAAAACUUUUUCUUUCUAUGUUGUUAUUCUGCCUUGGAUAGGUGUCUUAGCUUUGGAACGAAACAAUCAGACUUACUGUUGAUUUAGUCAUGUAGUAGCCACAGAUAUCAAGUCCCUGUUUGGGCUGUGCCUCCAUUAACUGAGUCUUUUUACAAAAUUCAAAGAUAUAUGACCCUUUUUUUUUUUUUUUUUUUUACAGUAGAUGUUUUGACACGUGUUGGGUGUUUAGGCACAAAAUAUGUGCUGUGAAAAAUGCCUAAACAAAAAUUAAUCACACUCUCACAUUCUCCCAGUACUUCCAUUUUAGUUCAUAUGCUGCCUUCAAAUGAAACUUUGGUUUUUAACAUGGGAAGCGCACAAAAUGCAUUACAUUCGAAUGGCUUUGAGAAAAUCCUGGGGCAAGUGACAAAACAAUAGUCUAAGAUGUUCUUUGUCCUCUUUUAAAAAGAAUGGGGAAAAAAAGACUAGAAAUUUUUUUCUGCAUUUCACUGCCAUGGGCUCCGCCUUUUAAAAACAUUAGGGUACAACACACUCAGUGGCCACUGUAUUAGUUUCCCCUGUACAAUGUAAUGCAAUCCGAUACAACAGCCCUGCCAUAGCAUCUGCUUUUACGAAGUUUAUAAUGUUCAGUUUCUGGUGACAGUGUUGAAAUUCAAGUGUAUGUUUAAUACUGAGGUCAUAGUUAAGGGUGGUGCUGUACUGGACUACAUUAUAUUAAUUUUUUGCCCUUCCUUACAUACUUGAGGUGGGCAGAAUAUUACAAACAGUUGGAUUGGAUUACAUUAGAUUGUACAGGUGUUCUGAAUUGUGGCCAAUGAGUGUAAAUCAAACUCUUGUACUCAGAGCUGUAAGUAAAUCUCCAUUUACAGUGGGUCAGUCAUAUGGACUCUAUAGUUCCAGUAAUACCACUUCAUCUUUCAAAGGCCAGCAAGUGGAGUCAUUGUUUUGGCUCUAUCAGGAUUUCAAGAUCAUUAAAGAUCCUGACAAUCAUAAUAGAUUGAGGAAAGUAGCAGGACUUAUUGGUUUGUUUAUAUGCAACAUUAACUGAAGCAGCCCAAAAUGUUGCAGGUUAAGUAGCUUUAACAUGAAGCCUCCAUGUACCCCAUCUUAUCUGUAUAGCUUUAGCCACUAGUUAGCUAGAUCAUAGCUUUAUGCUAUUUGUUUCCACAAAGUGGCUUCAGCAUUUGUCUAAAAAUAUCAGUGUUGGUCAUUAAAAACCCAUAUCAGUCAAACCCUUGUGGGUUAAAAUCCAUUUACAACAAGACCUGGUAAUAUUAUACCCUAUUGAUUAUACCAUGUUUUUGAAGUGAGAUCAAAUGACACCACUGAGUAUUAGGGUCACUGUAAGGGAAUAUAUAAUCAUUUGAGAAGUCAAAAAUAUAAGUGUAGCGAACAGUGUGAAUAGUUGUAGUAAACAUCUCGUAAUGUGACAACUUUAUUCUCGAUAUCAUGACUUUUUUCUAGUACAAUUACGACUGCGUUCUCAUAAUAUUCUGACUUAUUUUCUUGUAAAAUUACAACUUUAUUCUCCCAAUAUAAUCAUUUUUGUUCUCUCGUAAAAUUACAACUUAGACAAUUAAGACUAAAUUAAGAUUAAAUGAUGACUUCAUUCUCAUAACUUUACAACUUUUGCUCAAAAUAUUACAACUUUAUUCUAAUUUUUCUUUCGAAAUUAGUGAUCAAAAAUAGCAUUGUUUCGUUUUUUAUUACUAGACUUGAAACAUGAGGUAAACAAUCCAACAUGUGAAUGUGAGAGAAAAAACAUAUCCAUGGCUGCCAAAUAUUUUGCUAAAAGUAUUUGUGUCUGCCUUUUAUGGUAAAACAUUUUCAGGUAUUACAGUGAAAAGUGAAUGUCACAACAUAAGUGCCAUAACCCCCACUUUCCAAUGGGGUUGAUGAGAGCUGCUUUCAAAUGCCAUAUUCCACUAAAAACAUUAUUUCACCACACACGUACCUGUGAAAAAUACUUCUACUUUUUUCCAUUAGUGGUGAAGUUCAUGUCUUAAUUGCCAAGUUGCCAUUAUUUGAACUUAUAUGCAAGACCAGUAUUGAUUGUAUAACAGUAUUAAUCCGAACAGAAUGUUCACACACACACACACACACACACACACACACACACACACACACACACACACACACACACACACACAUAUAUAUCAGGGAUUUUUUCACAUAGACAAUAUUUGCUCAGUUAUUGUACUUGUAGGUGAAGCAGAAGGAAGGAGUUGAGAUGUAGAAUCAUUUUGGUUUUUGCCUUUACUCAUUUUGGUGAAGGGACUAAAUUUAUUUUGUUUAUAUUAACUAUUUAUUCAGAGUUGUUCUCCCUGAAGGGCAGACUGAACAUUUGACAGCUUUAAUAGUUUUGUUUGAACCUGUGCUGUGAUUCAGAAAUAUCUUUGUACCUUUAAAUAACAAUUCUGACAACUCUAUUAUUGUGUAAUUGUUUACUGACAGUGUAAUUUAACAGUGUAAAUUUGCAAAUCUACAGCUUUGCUGUAGGCAUUCCCUCUGCUCAGAAAAGACACAGCAUUGUAAAAUUGUUUUCUCAGUGCCCUCAGCCUGCAUUCAGUUUAUUUAGCUUCUUCAUUUUGAGCUCAGGGAGAACUUUUUUGACCUAGUUUCUUUUAGAGUGUGUGUAGAUGUUUAAGUUAUUUAGUGUCUUGGGAUGCCCAAAGACCCAGGGCAUCAACUGCCAAAUGAGCCAUGCACUAUCUUUACGUCAUUUUCCGCCACACAAAGCAGAGCAGCGAUUACUGUGGAAACCUUGUAUGACUUAAAGGAACCAUCCAGUCCAAACCUUUAACAUUGUAUAUCUUUCAGCGUGAUGUGCAUUGCAUUUCUGGGUAGGAUUUUGUUCUUUGCUAUUGUAUUUGACAUGUGGAUGAGUGGUCAAAUAUAGACAAUGGGAUGUCGUUAUAAGAUAUUUAGCUACAGUGGCGUGUGACAGCAGAAACAUAAAACACCAGCUGUACAGGAAAGUAGCAGGUUUUAUUGUUUUUUUUUAGUAGCUGAAUUAUUUCAAAAGUUGCUAUUAUGUAGCCUAAACAUAUAGCCACCUAGCCUACACCAUGACAUCCAAAUGGCUUUAGCCAUUGAGCUAGCUUACUAGAUUAGCCAGUUAGCUAGCUAACUAGACUACAGCAUUGUUUAGUUUUCAGGCUUUGGAGUCUGUUUAUAUUCAGGGUCUUUACAGACACUCUACAUUUACAGCAUUGGAGAAAUAUAUAUACUGUAUAUUUUUUGGGAAAUAUGCUGAUUUUCUUUUCCCUUAUGAGAGUGAGAUAAGAAGAUUGAUAUCAAUCUCCUGCAUGUACAUCAAGUAUGCAGCUGGAGCCAAGAUGUGUUUAGCCUAGCUAAGCCUAAACCCAGCAAGCACUGAGACGUCGAAUGGCCGUUGUUUGAGCAUCCGAUCAAGACGUCCCGUUAUGGUUAAAAAAUAGUUCCAAAAUGAAAGUUGUGCUGGCGUCCGGGACGUUACCUCGCCAUCAGCUGGACGUCCUUCCUGGGCAACGUCGAAAUAUGCCUAUUCAGCUGUUAUGCUAAAUUUUAUGUACACAGUGUGCAUACAGCAGCUUUAUGCAGACUAAAAACUGAAAACGAUAAGUCAACUAAGUCUAAAAAUAAUAAGUCAACACUGACUUUUGGUUUCACACAGGACACAAACAGUCUCCUGGGGGAAAGUUUUGUGUUUGACCCAUUAAUGCACCACGACCUCCUCCCUACAUGGACUUUGUCGCUGUUUAGUUUUUAGUCUUUGCAUGUGGAGUGGACAUCACAGUGUGGAUGUCUGCCUCAUUACCACGUAGCAGUUUUUGCCGUCCGACCAGGACCAUUUUCGGCCAGGGACACAACAUCACCGUCCGACCAAUGUUUGCUGGGAAGCUUCGAAGCAGGGGGAAACAGCUAGCCUGGCUCUGUCCAAAGCGGGGAAAAAUGCCCACCAGCACUUUUAAAACGCAUUAACACAUUAUGUCUUGUUUGUUUAAUCUGCACACAAAUGGAAAAAUAAAAAUGACUUAUGGUGGAGUUAGCAUUACAUGCUGUUACUACUUCUUGAUGAACAGUCAGGCACAGUGACUGUGCAGCUUCCCGGAGUUGCUGCGCAGACAGCUAAACUACUGUUUGUCAAGAAAUGAAAGACCAGCAGUCAUUUUUAGAUUUCUGUUUGUAUUACAAAUUAAACAAGAUACAAUUUUGUUAAUUAGUGAGCUUUAUAGAUGUUAGUAGGAGUAUUUUUUAAAAACAUUAACCAGGCUAGCGGUUCCCGUAGCUAGUUGCUUCAAGGGGGAACAGCUGGCCUUCUUGUCUCACUCUCAAAUUUGCACAAAUAUGCACAUUUCCCAAAAUGUUGACUUAUUCCUUUAAGUUUAUGCCUUUCCUCUGGUGGUCUGGUUGCUGAAAGACAUUAGGGGAAAUGUAAGAAAUCCCAACGUAGAUAAAAAGUCAACAAAACAGGUAGAGGAAAAGUUGACUCACCAAAACAAUCUAUUGAAACGGUUCACCACAAAAUAAGCCCUGGAAUGCACUGAACAUCAGAUUGAUUGUAUACAUAAAAGUGUAUGAACAGCCAUGGAUACUUUAAAAUUCUAUGGGAAUGACUUAAGUCAUCCAGUUGAAGAUUUCUUAAUCAUUAGCACUGACAUAUUUACUUUUAACAGUUCUGAUGGAUACCAAAACUGGCCUUCAGAGAUGAAACAGCAGAUACCCACUGACAGGUCAAAGCAAGCAUGGCACUAUAUUUUCAAAGUCACCAUGAUGUUGUUGUAUUUUAUUGUACAUAUCCACUGUCUUUUUCACAUGUAUUAAUAGAAUAUUCAUGAUGUGUCUGCAUGAUAAUGAGUAAAAUAAUAGAUUAGCUUUGUCAUGUAAAAUGGGGCUGGCGACUGAGCCCACUGAUUGCACAGCACAAAGGAUGUUUAAAAGCAUCAGUAUUGAUCAUCAUUAAGGAUCAUUAUGACUAAAUUAUGUGCUUGAGUUCACCAUAAUGCUCACUAUGCUGCAGUACAAUGGGGUCUAAUCUACCAUGCAUAAUACUAUAAUCUCGCCUAAAUCCCAGUGUUUUGUCUUGUUUCUUGUAGUUUGGAUUGCUUCUUAUGUGUGACCAAGACAGAACUCGUCUUGUCAGAAAUCUAUACAAGUCUACCUCAGGUGUGAUUUUGGACAGCUUGAGAACAGCAUGUCCAAAAAACAAUUUUGUAUGUAUUGUACAAUUUGUGUUUAUUAAGUGGUCUGUUCAAGUAUUUAUUACUUUGUUUUUUGUUUUUUUACAUCUCCUUUUCAGUGUGAUGUGUGCUACCUCACAGAACUUAUUCUGCUAUUUUUAUUGUAUCUUUAUGCCUGUUGGUGCUGCCAAUAUAAUGAGAGCUCCUGUACUUAAAACCAAAGUGAUGCUUUUGAAUGAAGUAAUAGCCAUGUUUCCAGGAGAUACAGAGGCACAAAAGAACUGAUAAGUACACAAAUAAGAUGUUCACUUGCGUUCUUCAAAUGAACACCCAUAUCUUUAUUUAACAGAGCAGACACACCCACCAUUUUUGUCUGCCUGGGGACUCUACUCCAGUACCAACUGCUUGAUUUUUAAGCCUGCAGCUGAAAUAAUUUGUGCUGCAAUACAAUGGAAUAAAAGAUCUAACAGAGAGAAGAU